UUUGUAGAAUUUGUAUAGAGUAGGAGAAGAGAUUUGCGCGUGAAAGAUUUUAUCAAGAAGUUUUAUCUUUUUAUUUCAAUUCCUCGAAUGGAAAGACGUCUAGCGUGAUGGUACACGAAACGGACACAAAGGAAACAACACUUUAUUAAAAGCGGAAAGAAAGAAACGUCCAAAAUGAUCAAAGAGUAUCGUAUUUGUAUGCCACUCACUGUGGAAGAGUACAAGAUUGGUCAGCUGUACAUGAUCAGCAAGCACAGUCAUCAACAAAGUGAGAGUGGUGAAGGUGUUGAAGUUGUAAAGAACGAAGCUUGUGAACAUCCUGUACAUGGGAAUGGACAAUAUACUGAGAAAAAGAUUCAUUUAUUUGGGCGGUUACCUGCUUGGGUGAAAGCAUGCAUACCAAGAGUAUUUUACGUAGAGGAAAGAGCUUGGAAUUUUUAUCCCUACACAAUUACAGACUACACAUGCUCUUUUGUUCCACGAUUUUCCAUCCACAUUGAGACUGUUUAUGAAAACAAUAAUGGAUCAAGUCAAAAUGCUUUGAAACAAAAUAGUGAAACACCAGAAAUCCAUGAGGUGGAUUUUAUAGACAUUGCCUAUGAUGAAUAUCCAGAGAAACAUUAUGUCAAAGAAGAGGACUGCAGGUAUUUUAAAUCAAAGAAAACAGACAGGGGUCCAUUGAAAGAGGGAUGGAAAGAUUCAACAAAACCAAUCAUGUGUUCAUAUAAGCUGGUUACUGUAUCCUUUGAUGUCUGGGGCUUACAGUCAAAAGUAGAAAGCUUUGUUCACAAGGGCAUUCGAGAUAUCCUGUUGGUUGGACAUCGACAAGCAUUCUCUUGGAUUGAUGAAUGGUGGGAUAUGGAGGUGAAGGAUGUUCGAGAAUAUGAAAAACAACAACACCAGGAAACAAAUGAGAAGGUCAUUGGGGCAGGUCCCCAGGCCUGUUCGGAAUCCACACCAGCAGGUGCUGGAAGACACCAUUCCUCUCCAAACUAAUGGUUUUACCCCAGUUCUCAGAUUAUUUCUACCAGCUUUUUAUUUACUCUAAGUAUAUAUAUAUAUUUAUCUACUGCAAUCAUAUUGAAGUGUGCAAAAAUUCACUGAAGCAUUUAUAGAUUUGGGUAGAAGAAAACUUGGUUCAGUGAAUUUCUCUUGGAAAAGCAUUUACUUCAGGCUCGUGCAAAAAUAUAUGAAUUUGAUUUAAUUGUUUUUUAAAAAAUUACUUUUCAAGUUCAAAUUCUGUGAUAUUUGUAAAUUGUAAAAAUAUAUAAACAGAACUUUUCAAAAUACAGAAAAUAGUCUCUUAUUUGAUAAUAUAUGGCUUUGUAUCAAUCUUGCAGUUAAUUGGUUAAUUAAUUUCCUUGGAAAUAAUCAAAUUAUUUACACAAACAUAGAGACUGCCUGGCAAAUACAAAGCAUUACAAUGCCUUAUCGGCUAAACAAUAACCUACAAACUCAGUAAUUAAGGUGAAGGUUAACCCCUAGAGUUUUAGGGGCAGUGCCUUUGCUGCACCUGUGGGAAAGUUGGGGAUCAAGUUAUGGAAAUUUUUUCAAGAUUUCUGGUGGACAGAUGCAUGAGCUUUUAUUACAGGAUAAUCAUAAUUUAUAAACUUCCAAAUUUAAUUAACCCUCAUUAUUACAAGAUUUAU